UCCUCCCGGAUUCGCGGAGCGCGCGGCUGUCUGUCUGCCCGGCUCUCCACGUGCGGCCCCAGCCAUGGCCUCGACGGCUCGCGCUCUGACCCUGCCGGCCUCCGUGCUGGGCACGAUGGAGAUGGGCGGGCGCAUGGACAGUUCGGCCAGCGAGGCCGCCGUGCACGCCUUCCUGAAGCGCGGCCACCGCGAGCUGGACACGGCCUUCAUAUACGGCGACGGCCAGUCCGAGAGCAUCCUGGGCAGCAUGGGGCUGGGGCUGGGGGACGGCGGCAGCAGAGUGAAAAUCGCCACCAAGGCCAAUCCCUUGAAUGGGAAGUCCCUUAGAGCCAGCAGUGUCCGGUCCCAGCUGGAGACCUCCCUGAAGCGGCUGCAGUGCUCCCGAGUGGACCUGUUCUACCUGCACAUGCCAGACCACAGCACACCUGUGGAAGAAACACUACGUGCCUGCAAUGAGCUGUACCAGGAGGGUAAGUUUGUAGAACUGGGCCUCUCUAACUUUGCCGCCUGGGAAGUAGCUGAAAUCUGCACCCUCUGCAAGAACCACGGCUGGGUCCUCCCCACUGUGUACCAGGGCAUGUACAACGCCCUCACCAGACAAGUGGAGACGGAGCUGUUCCCCUGCCUGCAUCACUUCGGGUUGCGUUUCUAUGCCUAUAACCCUUUGGCUGGGGGUUUCCUGACGGGCAAAUACAAGUAUGAAGAAAAGGACGAAAAGCAGCCUUUGGGCCGAUUCUUUGGAAAUAGUUUUUCCGAAAUCUACCGCAAUCGCUUCUGGAAGGAGCAUUACUUCCAGGCCGUUGCCCUUGUGGAGAAAGCUCUGGCGGCGUCCUAUGGGACCAAGCCUCCCAGCAUGACCUCGGCAGCCCUCCGAUGGAUGUACCACCACUCCCAGCUCCAGGGCGCCCGCGGAGACGGCGUUAUCCUGGGCAUGACCAGCCUGGAGCAGCUGCAGCAGAAUUUGGCGGCCUCAGAGGAGGGCCCACUGGAGCCUGGGGUGGUGAAGGCGUUUGAGCAGGCCUGGCACCUCGUCGCCCACGAAUGCCCCAACUACUUCCGCUAGCUGCAGCCUGACCGAUCCCGGCCGGGCCCGUGCCCUCGGCCCCAUCAGCCCGCCUUUGCCUUAAC